UGCAACUGCCGUCCUGUUGGCCAAUCGCGGGGCGUGUGGGGGUUGGCCCGCUUGGCGCUAGCUCCCGGGAUAUGGAGCUGCCAGCGCGAGGGCAUCUUGUCAGGUGGUUGCGGAGCCGGUGUUCUCAGUGUCAGGUCUUCCUUCCAACUCUAGAACACAGAUUCUCGGAAGUCCAGCUCAGAAUCCUAUUCUAAGUACUUGGACACUCAGGCAUCCACCAUGGUGUUGGGUCCUGAACAGAAGAUGCCAGAUGAUGAUGUUUCUGGAGACCAUGGGGACUCUCCCAGUCUUGGUACCCUCAACCCAGCCUAUAGUACCUCCUCUCUCCCCCGGUCCACUGAGCACUCACAGGAGCCCUUUACCACCUACUUUGAUGAGAAGAUCACCAUUCCUGAGGAGGAGUAUUCUUGUUUUAGCUUUCGUAAACUCUGGGCUUUCACGGGACCCGGUUUUCUUAUGAGCAUUGCCUACUUGGAUCCAGGAAACAUCGAAUCUGAUUUGCAGUCUGGAGCAGUGGCUGGAUUUAAGUUGCUCUGGGUUCUUCUGUUGGCCACCGUGGUGGGGCUUCUGCUCCAGCGCCUUGCAGCCAGACUGGGAGUGGUCACGGGGUUGCAUCUUGCUGAAGUGUGUCACCGUCAGUAUCCCAAGGUCCCACGAAUUAUCCUAUGGCUGAUGGUGGAGUUGGCUAUCAUUGGCUCAGAUAUGCAAGAAGUUAUUGGCUCAGCCAUUGCGAUCAAUCUCCUGUCUGUAGGAAGGGUUCCUCUCUGGGGUGGAGUUCUCAUCACCAUUGCAGAUACCUUCGUAUUUCUCUUUUUGGACAAAUAUGGCUUACGGAAGCUAGAAGCAUUUUUUGGCUUUCUCAUCACCAUUAUGGCCCUCACAUUUGGAUAUGAGUAUAUUACAGUGAAACCCAGCCAGAGCCAGGUACUCAAGGGCAUGUUCCUGCCAUCCUGUUCAGGCUGUCACACCCCACAGGUCGAGCAGGCUGUGGGCAUCGUGGGAGCUGUCAUCAUGCCACACAAUAUGUACUUGCAUUCUGCCUUAGUCAAGUCCAGACAGGUAAACCGAGCCAAUAAGCAGGAAGUUCGAGAAGCUAAUAAGUACUUUUUCAUUGAAUCCUGCAUUGCACUCUUUGUUUCCUUCAUCAUCAACGUCUUUGUCGUCUCAGUCUUUGCCGAAGCAUUUUUUGAGAAAACCAACGACCAGGUGAUUGCAGUCUGUAGAAAUAACAGCAGUCCCCACACUCACCUUUUUCCUGACGAUAACUCGACACUGACUGUGGACAUCUACAAAGGGGGUGUUGUACUAGGAUGUUACUUUGGGCCAGCUGCACUCUAUAUCUGGGCAGUGGGGAUCCUGGCUGCAGGACAGAGCUCCACCAUGACAGGAACUUACUCUGGCCAGUUUGUCAUGGAGGGAUUCCUGAACCUAAAAUGGUCACGCUUUGCCCGAGUGAUUCUCACCCGCUCUAUUGCCAUCAUCCCUACUCUGCUUGUUGCUAUCUUCCAGGAUGUAGAGCAUCUAACGGGGAUGAAUGACUUCCUGAAUGUUCUGCAGAGCUUACAGCUUCCCUUUGCUCUGAUACCCAUCCUCACGUUUACAAGCUUGCGGCCAGUUAUGAAUGACUUUGCCAAUGGAAUAGGCUGGAGGAUUGCAGGCGGGAUAUUGGUCCUUAUCGUCUGUUCCAUCAACAUGUACUUUGUCCUGGUUUAUGUCCAGGAACUCGGGCAUGUGGCAUUGUAUGUGGUAGCUGCUGUGGUCAGUGUGGCUUAUCUGAGCUUUGUGUUUUACCUGGGUUGGCAAUGUUUGAUUGCAUUGGGCAUGUCCUUCCUGGACUGUGCGCACACGUACCAUCUGGGAUUGACAGCUCAGCCUGAACUCUACCUUCUGAACACCGUGGAUGCUGACUCACUUGUGUCUAGAUGACUGACAGCCUGAGAGACUGUAUAAGAACCACUUUGUCUUAAUCCCUUUGUGCCAGGUGUCCUGUUAACAUAUCUCUGUUAGUUCAGAGGUGAGUUUUGUUCAGAUUUUGAACAAAAGGCAAAGAUUUCCUCGUGGGAAGGCUGUUAAAAGCUGACAGCUGUAAUUGUAGGACAGAGACCCACCCACCUCAACAGUCCUACAAUAGCCAGAGUUACAUGAUUGGCCUAUCAUGGCCACACACCCCUAUGGGCUUGUGUCUUGACUUCUGGCAUUUAUAAAAUAUAUGUGUGUAUAUAUUUAUGUAAACCUGAACAUAUCCGUUUGGGUAGAGUUUUAAGGUUAUAUAAAAUUGAUAGGUCUUAUUUUUUUUAAAGAUAGUAUUCAGAUAAAUCAGAUAUUUGUUUUAUCUGGGUCACAAGUGAGAAAGGAGAGGGAGUAAUGCUCUUUUUCAGAAUGAUCUGGUCAAAUUAACUUACCUUUUAAAGUGAUACUUGACUAUGGCCAGUUAAAUUCCACGUCGGUUUUAAUCGACCAGACCUGCUUAUCAGCUACUUCAUAUCAGCACAUCAUUUCUAAGGAAAACAUUUCUUCUUUUCAAGCAGUCAUACUUGGUCCUGGUCAUUGGUGUGCUUUGUAAUUACAGUUCUCUCUGUUGCUUUUCUUGAAAUCUUGUCAGAGGUAUGAUGGUAUUUUCCAAAGAGCCUAAUAACUUGUAAUAAGAUUCAGAAACGAUGCUUUAAUCAAUGAUCAGUCUUCCAUGUGACAUUGUAACUCAGCCCAUUCUAGCAUUCAGGUUUUAGGUAUAAAAGAAGAAACUUCUAACAUUUAAUUUUGUAAAGACCCAAUAGAAGAUGAUGGAGGUAUUUGUUUUCUUUCUAAUGUUUGUAGAGUUCUACCAAAUCUUUUCUUCCCAUUUUUCCCAUGAAAACUCCAAACACCAUUUCUAGGUCCAAAAUCUAUUUCCAGGAAUGGCUAAUAUUUCUAAUGUUGAAUUUCCCUGAAUGCUAAGCAUUUUACUUUAAGAUAUUUAUACCAAGUACUAUGAGAUCAGAACUAGACUAGGACUUAGACGACUAGUUCUCAUGUCAUAAACUGCCUGCCUACAUGUGGGUUAUAGACGCUUUUUGACCCCUUUUCUUAACUGGGACUUUUUUCCUUAAGAUUUUUAUAAUAAAAAUGUUAAUACUUUAAAAUGGAAAGAUUUUGCAUAAUUAUCUGAUGGAAAAGGAGAUUUUCAACACGGGGCUCACAUUCCUGCAUGGAGUUACAGUUGGCUGGAGUGAGGGGUAGCUAUCCAUCUUCAUGGACUAUAUUGCAGGGCGGCACACGCUCCAUUUCCUUCUAGCCGCAGAGGCAUGCGUUUGUAAACACUGAAGGUUUCGUAUGACUUUGAGCAUCAUUUUUCUCUCUCAGCUUAAAAGGUAAAUAUGUCUUAUUUUAAAAUUUAGUGCUUUUCAGUAAGACGUUUGUUGUUGUUGUUAAAUCCAGACAUUUUCAUUUAUAAAGACUUGGCCCUCUAAGUGGCAAGUUUUCUAAGAUGAUACUUUAAAAUUCUCUCAUUUCUACGUCGGGGGCCCUUGAAACGUCUGGUAAGAGUAGCAUCCUUACAAUGUAGUUUAGCGUCCUUCUGAUCUUAAAAAUGAAACUGAAUUAGCAUCAAUUAACAGCUUUCACUUGAAAAAGAGAUUUUUAAAAUGAGUUUCAGUAUUUUAGAUUCUUUAUACACAGUUAGCAACUCUAGAUGGACCAAUUUGGAUUUUCCUCCCUUCUUGGGCAACUAAGUUUCUCAGUUUCAUUACUAGAGAGUGUUAGGAGAAAGAAAGAAAAAAAAGGUUAAAAAAUCCUGUUUUGCCACUCCUAAAAAGUUGAGGUGCUUGGUUAAACAGAGACUAAGUACUUGGGGGAUUCUUUAACUCAUCUCUCUCCUUUAGCUAUAUGUUACUAGGAAGAGACUGGAGUUUACAAAAGUUUAUAAGUAUAUCUGUCAGGUCAUAUAACUCCUGUAAUCAAAAAAUUUGAUCACCUGAGUCAUGCUAAAACCAGGAGAGGAGAGUGAUUUCUAAAGAGUGAGUCUUGGGUACACUUCUUUUCUAAGUUAAGAACAUUUAAUCAUUCUCUAAUUUAUGUACAAAUCUAGAUUUCUUUUCCUUUUUUUUUUUUUUUUUGGUUUUAUUUAUUUGACAGAGAGAGAGAGCACAAGCAGGGGGAGUGGGAGAGAGAGAAGCAGACCCCCUGCUGAGCAGCGAGCCCGAUGCGGGACUCGAUCCCAGGACCCUGGGAUCAUGAGCUGAAGGCAGACACCUAACCAACUGAGCCACCCAGGUGCCCCCUUAAGUCUGUUUUUAGUGCAGAGUAUAUAUUAAGAGAGUAGAAUCUUCCCAGUAGCCUGAUGAGAAAUACCUUUUCAUUGUGAAAUCAACUUGAAGGGUGACAUUUCUAUGCCAGCUGUUCUCAGUUUCACUGACCUCCAUGGAGCAUAUUCGAUCCAGCUGCUGGACUAUUUAGUGGAAUAAAGCAGUUGGAUUCUUUGGGUACGAUUCUUUCUUUGCCUAUUUUCCAAAGAGGACAGUGUUGACCAAAAUAGGUAUACUUGUUGGUGGCACUAGAAGAGCCUCCUGAUAGGUAAAUGACAAUUUCAAAAAUUAUUACCUGUGCCAAUGGAGAGAAGUGUAUAUAAUACACAAAAUAGUGGGUUAAUAUCUGGAAUGCAGACAUAUUUUCAGAUAUUCUUACAUCUUUUCCUUUCCUGAAUACUAGACUUCACCUUCCUGUCAGAUUAACCCACCACUAAAGGAGACCUCAAAGAAAAAGGAAAUAACCACCACAUAUCAUUUUAUAGUACGUUCUUGAUUUUAUUUCAGUGAAUAUUUUUUCAUUUUUUUUUCCCCAGGCUUGGAGUCUUAGGGGAGUAAAUUGGGGUCACAGCAGUUAGGACUUCAACAAAGUCUAGUUAAUUUUUUAGAACCUUAGGGCAGUUAUAGAGGAGUUUGAGGUCACAGGUAUAGUUAACAUUUAAUGUCUGCUUUGGUUUCUUUGUUUUCUAGUGUCAUACCAGAUUAGCAAUAGCAUUAGACGAACUCCUUUCACCCCAAUUGCCAUUUGGGGGAAAGGGAUUUUUUUUUUAGCAAUUUACCUUUGUGAUCCUAGAAAUACUUUCAAGAAGUAUAAAAAUGAAUACACAGAUAUAUUUAAAUGUUAAACAUUGAUGUUUGUGGCAAAAUAGUCAAGUUUUUAGAUUAGAGUGAGGUGCACAGUGGUAAACCAAAUUUUAAUAACAACAUGACCAUUCUCCUCUGAUACAAUUGUUUCCCAUUCUCAAAAGGAAUUUAUGAAAGCUCUAAUUACGUUGCCCUAUAUGGAAAGAAUUAAGUGAUGAAUAGAGUAUCACAUUUAAUAUGGAUAUAGAUAAUUUUUCUGUAGCCACUAUUAUAACUCCUAAUUUUCAGAUUGGUUUGGCAUAAUAUAUUGUCUGCCACUAACUAGAAAGGAAAAAUUCUAAAAGUCAGAAAAUCAUAUCCUAGGUUCUGAAAGACAAUAAGGAUAUUUUUGAGUUGACUGUGAUUGCUGAUUUAGAAAUCAACUUUGUAAACAAUUGAGACUUACUAUAUAUACAAGGCUAUGAGAAUCCUGUCUCAUUCUUCGGCAGUAUAAUUUGCUACAUAUUGAGAAUUUAUUCUUCAUAAUAAAUAGUUUUCAGAAGCCUUCUUGUCUUAGAUGUAGCUUUAUUUUUUGGACACAUUGAAGAAUCGAGGUCUGAUGUAAUCCUUAUACAUAGAAUAGAGAACACCUAGAAACAAAAAGAUGUAUAUAAAUACAGUAUCUGUGGAAAACAAACGCUGAAUUUCUUCCACUUGUGUUUUCCCAAAACUAUCCCUCAAUUUAAAAAACAGAUGCCUUCCAUCUUAUUAACUUUUGGCUUGGAUCAUAUAAGCGGCUCCAGGCAAACAAACAAACCCAAAAAAGUUAGAGCUGUUUAAGAUGAAUAUAAAUCAAAAUCCAAAUUUAUAAUGUUACUAUGCCACCCUAGAAUUUGAAUUUUAAAAUAUGGGUGAAAAAGUUAGGAGAGUGGGGAGAUUUGGCUAGAUACUAAGAUAGAAACAAUAGACAUCUCAACCUAGCACACCUCUCUUCAGUGCCUACUUGUGUUCAGUGCCUCGAGGGAAACAAAGGUGAAAGGGAUAGAAUCCUUGCUUCUAGAGGUUUACAGUCUAGUGGGUGAAUUAGCUAGUAGUCAAGGGAAAUAGCCUGAGGGAUAGUUGUUUCACUGCGGUGCAGGAACGUCACCAAAUGUUCAUACCCAAAGCAAGUUAAGGAGUCCGCUCACCUCCCACCCCCAACCAUAUCAGUUAUCAAGACGCCAGCUAUCUAGUAGAUUGUCUAAACUAAAUCCUUUACUUCCUUUCCUUCUGCUUUUUUUUCUGAUGCUGCUUGUUGGUAUCUUCAAAGAGUGCACAGAGAAUAAAGGGUGGGUAAAGUUGUUCUCAUCUACACACUGUAGCCAAGCGAGGCAGCUGUUGGCACAAUUUUCUAACGCAAUAGUAGCAUAACUGUGACAGAUGUAUAAAAUCCAAGGCAAAAACAUGUUUACUUGAUGCAUUGUGGUAUCUAUGGAAACAUUCUCAGAUGCAGAGAGAAUUGUAGACCUCCUUUCCCAGUGCUUAUUAGACACAGGUAAUUCUUACCUCUUGCCUGUCUCUUAAAUGUUGGUGUUCUGGAGUUCUGAUCUCAGCGCUUUUCUCACCUCAUUCAUACCUGUUGCUUCACUAGUAAGCAAGUUAGAUCUCUUUGAAUGUGAGACCCAUAUACUCAUUAUACCAUAUGUGAAAUUUCCACAUACAUAGGCUGCCAAACUUUUAAAUUGUGCAUAAAUAAAUAAGUUGAGAAUG